CCCAUCUUUACCACUUUCCCUUCGAUACCCAUAAUGAACGCCCUCAAGGCACUCAAUAGAUUCUAUUCCAAGUCUUACGAGAAAGCCCCAUUCAAAACGCUAUGUGUCACUAAUGGAUGCCUGGCCGUUGUCAGUGAUGUAACCGCUCAGACCAUAACGUACGUCAACUGGAAGAGGUCGAUGGAGAAUAAGGCUACCAAUCUAGAUGAACGACUUCCACCUAAGCUUCAAGAACACGAAGAUCUCAAACCUCGUCCACCACGUAUGUUUGAUCCUUAUCGCACAUUACGUUUUGCUCUGUACAACAUGGCCGUCGCUCCCAUCGUAGGACGAUGGUUCAUGUUUCUGGAAGCUCGAUUUCCUAUGCCAGCCGUUGCGCAAGCUACCAAAUCAUUGAUCAAACCUUCCGACAUGGUGACGUUGAAGCGUAUGAUAACCGAUCAAACACUCUUCGCUCCAAUGAGCUUGUGUCUGUUCUUUUCCGUCAUGGGUUUUGUCGAAACAAAAUCAGUCGAAGGCGUUAAGGAGAAAUUCAGAGAUGCCUACAGCCCUGCUCUCAAGGCAAACUAUCAACUCUGGCCACUCGUACAGUUGGUGAACUUUAAGUUUACACCCUUGCCAUAUCGUUUGCCUGUGGUCAGCACGGUUGGAAUAGCGUGGAACUCUUAUCUAAGCUGGCUGAACAAUGCGUCCAAGGAAGAAGAGAUUGCCACCCAAAACUUCGAGAAAGCGGAAAGGCAGUACGACGGAACACGAGGAGAGCAGAUCAAGCUCGAGAUCUGAGGACGAUCCAAAAAGUAACACAUUGCAAUGAAUCCGGCCAUUGCAACAAUGUACCAUAGCUAUUCUUUUGUAUAUGCAUAUUAACAUUUAUUGUGGGGAUGGCGUUCGAAAGGACUGUUCAUAACAUUAUCGCACUUUCUGGUAUAAUAAAAUCACUUUGCACGUAAUGAGCUGGCCCGUGCUUUCGUGGAUCCUUGUCAGAGGCAGUUCAUUUUGCAACACAAAGGCAGCCUCUCCGUCAUUUAUUC